GGUGUUCUGAUGUACGAUGUACGAUGAGUAUGCAUGAUUUUCGGCUUAUUGUUUGCAAAACAUAUUGACCAAGUAGUUGUGUCGACAGUGUAAUUUGCCAUCAAAUUAUGCGUUAUCAGUUAUACGUUAUCAAUUAUACGUUAUCAAUUAUACGUUAUCAGUUAUACGUUAUCAGUUAUAUAAGGAUGUAAUAAGGAUCACUUACAAUAGUGUGGAAAGUUCUGCAAAGACAGCACAAUAGAAUAUUAGAAAAAAUUCUCUAAUAUUGCAAAAAAUUGAAGAUUGACGUAUACAAGAAAAGAAGAAAAUUUAUAUUACAAUUAGCAACGUGCACGAACAUAGCUAAUUUUACUUUUAAGUUUGUCUUUUUGGACAAAUAUUAAUAUUUCUUUAUAAUUCUUGAUUUUGUUAAUUCCCAACAACUAUGUGUACUUCUUUACAAAAUCAGAAUGAUUCAAAAUCAAAAAAUAUAUUGGAGCUUAUCAAGGAAUUUUUCUGCCGUAUUUUCAACUAUGCGAUUAUACUACUGCAUGUUUACUUCGACUACUUCGUAGACUUUGUCUUUGGCAUAUAUUAUGAUAAGAAAAUCAAGAAAGUACCACCAGUGAAAAAUCCUCUACUGUUAGAAAGCAGUGUUUCCUUGGCAGAAAAAAUUAGGACCAGGCAAGUUACAUCAGAAGAUGUUGUGAAAGCUUAUAUCAAGAGAUGUAAGGAAGUGAACAGCUUGAUUAAUGCUAUUGUAGAAGAAAGAUAUUUAGAUGCAAUCAAUGAGGCCAAAGCAGUGGACAUUAUGAUAGAAAAAGGCAUAGAUAUAGAAGCGAUAAAGUUAAAACAGCCAUUCCUGGGAGUUCCCUUUACUACCAAGGAGAGCAUCGAGGCUAUAGGAAUGAUUCAUACCAUGGGUAUAGUCAGUCGCCGUAACUAUCGUUCGAUAAAGGAUGCCACUGUAGUAGGUUACUUAAAGGAUGCUGGUGGGAUUCUAAUCGCGAAAACCAAUGUCCCAGAACUCAAUUUGUGGGUGGAAUCAAGAAACAAAGUAUAUGGACAAACAAAUAAUCCUUACAACACCACUAGGACUGUGGGAGGCAGCAGUGGAGGGGAAGGAGCUAUAAUUGCUGCGUGUGGUGCCCCAAUCUCUAUCUCUAGUGACAUAGGAGGUUCCAUUAGGAUGCCUGCAUUUUACAAUGGGUUAUUUGGUUUAAAACCCAGUGAAAAAUUAACUCCUAUGACUGGAGUCGGAUUGCGAGAAAAAGAUUAUCCGGACACUAUGGCAACAGCUGGGCCAAUCUGCAAAAAGGCCGAAGAUCUGACGCCACAUCUAAAAGUGCUGAUUGGUGCUAAUGUAUCUAUGUUAAAACUGGACGACCCGGUAAAUUUAGAAAACUUGAAGGUGUUUUAUCAAGAAUAUUGUAGCGAUUUGAGGGUGAGCAAAGUAAACCAAUCUAUGCGGAUGACAUUGAAGAAAGCAGUAAGACACUUUAAGUCUCUUACAGGUUCUGCAACAAUGAUCAAAAUACCAGGCUCUGAACACAGUUUUCAGUUGUGGAAGUAUUGGAUGACCUGUGAAAAUUUCAAUUUCAGGCUGGAAAUAACAGGCCGAGAGUACAUCACCAAUGCAAAAAGAGAGCUUUACAAGUACAUCACUGGAUCUUCAGAAAUAACAUUUGCCGCUGUUGUGAAGUUAAUGGAUGAGGACUUUCUACCGAAGAUCAGUGCAAAAUGGGCAGAAAGUGUCACUGAGAAGGCGAAGAAAUUCUUGGUGAACAAACUCGGUGACGAUGGCGUGCUUUUGUAUCCUUCGGCUCCUUUCCCAGCUUUUUAUCAUCAUUCCAGUUAUUUACGUCCCUUUAAUUUUAGCUACUGGUGUCUAUUUAAUGUUCUACGAUUCCCAGUUUGUCAGGUGCCGAUGGGUUUGGAUGAAUACGGCUUACCAGUCGGUAUACAGGUUGUAGCUGCUCCUUACAACGAUCAUCUGUGCAUCGCGGUGGCUAAAGAGCUUGAGAAGGAGUUUGGAGGUUGGGUUCCUCCAUCAUAAACUGCAAUUACAGCGACGUUCUUUUAACAAAGAGAAUUGUAGCUUAUAAUUUUUAUUUUUUGAUAGUCUUUUAAUCAGCAUUUAUAAAUGAGACUAAGCGAAUAGCAAAGCAUUCGUGACAUUUUCCAUAUGUGUAAUGCGUUGUCUACAAUGGCAGUAGGAGUAAUAGUAGUAAGAAAUAAGCAGUAAGCAAAUUGACCAAUUCUCAUGAUUCAACAAUUAUCGAUUGUGAUUGGUCCAUUUACUUAUUGCUUAUUUCUUACUAUUACUCCUACUGCCAUUGUAGAUGACAUACAAUAUUAACCUUUAAUCUGUGGUGAUAGUAAGUAAUUUUUAUAUACGUGGAAUAUUUUUUGUAACUUUAUAUUGUUAUUUGCACUCAAUCCUUUAUAAAACGUCGGUGUAUUACUUUGCUAUUGAACAUAGUUUAUACAGCGGUGCUUGUAUGAUUAAAUGUGAUUUCAAACAUGAAAAAAUG